UAGCAUGUAGCUAUGGAAAUUAUAUACAAAAACUUCCACUUGCCUUGGAUCAAUGUUUUUUGUUAAAGAGAUUUAAACUCAAAGAAUUAUGUCACAGUCUGUGGCGGUCCCCUUAACAAAUCCCAAAACGGGGUCAGAUUUCCUGGCCUCCACCAAUUUUAAGGUGGCUCAGGACAUGUCUGUCCUUGAGGGAUCCAUGCAGAGUAUCUUCAAGAAAGACUAUCCGCCUUACCAACAUUAUGGUCGCGAAAAGGAGUCCGAGCGACCAAAACUGGCCGAAGUUAUGACGAGAGAUGACAAGUUCUUCAAGGAUAAGGCAUCGGAAACCGUUCGAGCGUUUGAAUACCGAUAUCUACCAAAACCAGUUGCUUUAGAUGAUAUUCACCAAAAGCUCCGAUCAACUAACUUCAAGAUGGAUACUGAUGUGAGUAAAGUAGAUGUCUUUGAGACCAUGCAUACCUCGUAUUUUAAGCCCAAGAUUACACCUGCUUACCAACGCGUCGAGCCGGCCACUAGCACCUCUGUCAGUCAUAUUCCUCAAGGAGAUCCCGAGAAAGCAGCAGAACCCUGCUCAGACUAUCGCGAAAGGUUUAUGGGUCACGAUACAUCAGUGCACGUCACUCACAGAGCGCCAUCUAUGCAUGAAGGCGGACCGCCCACGGUAAAGGGAGACGAUCGCUUGACAAACUUUAACACGUCUCAUAAUGACCAGUUCCAAGGCAAGUGGGAGAAUCCUGUGCAGACUUUACCAGCGCCGUAUGGCUACAACAUUCCGGUCGGAGAUCCGGGCAAGGUCACCAUUAAUGAUACCACCAUGCAGGCGACUUUCCCCUUCAUUAGCGACAAGAGCGAAACCAAGCCGUACUGCAAAUCAGCAGUCAGCGCUUACCUCGGCAAAACUAACUUCAAGGAGAAGGACGGCCAUGGCAAAUAUAACGAUUAUCUGAGUACAGCCAGUGUUUCCUUCCAGCCAGCAUCCACCACGUUUGAGAGAUACCGACCUGGAAAACAUCGAAAUCACAGUGACUUCCCAGAGGGUGACCUCGAGGAAUCCAGGGUCACUGAAAGGGUCAACAUGACGACGUCACGAUUUUACCAUGGCAACCCACCCCUAGGAUUACACAAUCGGAUCAUCUCUGGAGCAAACCUAAGGACAAAGAGUAACGUUCAGUUCGAGGAGCCUCCUCUGACUAAGACGUUCUAUGAUACUACCACUCGGAGCACCUUCAAGCCCGCCGAUGUUCCGUAUACUUACGAUCGUACGAAGUUCCACACAGAGACCAACAUUCCCAUGGAUUAUUACGACAAGAAUGAGGUCAAACACACAUCGUCGUAUAUGGACUACAGAGAUCCGCGGAUAGGAAGAAUGAAUAUCCAUAAACCCGCCCUGGAAAAUCUGAAGAUGUCACACAUUCUGCCGCCAUUGGGAGGUCCUCAACUCCAUAACACGACCCACCAGGUGAUGUUUACCCCCAAAUCUUCAGAAAAAUACGCUUACGACUCCCAAAGACUGCAGAAGAGUUCCGUUCCUCUCGGAACCCUGAAAAUCGUGUAAGACGAAAUCGUCUGAGAGUUGUCUUUCUUUGUGUACUCUACGCCAGCGUCACUCUGCUUUGUAGAACUUUAAAGAAGAAUAUAUUAGUAAUUAAAAUUUCCCUCCUCACAUUUUUUUAUGAACACUUAUGCAAUAUUGCUUUUAUUUAGAGUAGAAAAAGCAGAUAACUAUCAGGAAAGUACACCUUGAUCUCAAGGGAAAAUUAUUAUAACAUAUAAGUUUAUAGUAUUCUUAUCUAAUUGAAAUCAAUGAUCGAGAGGUAUGAGCAAUUUAUAAACUUUUCUAAGCUUUCUUUGAUAAUUUUACAGAGGUGUUAGAGAUGAGAUUAUAUCGUGAAACAUUAAGUGUUCGUUUGAUUUGUAUGCUGUAAAAGAACACCUCUUACUUUAAUGGUAACAUUAGUCAGUAUGACUCAAAGGUUCCAAUAUUGUUAUUUAUUUAAAAUGACUUUUAAAUGCUCAAUUAAGUAUUAAAAUCUGCACAUCUUGCCAGAUUUCUAAUAUAUUUUUUUUUUUGAUGUAUUAAAAUUUUGCAAACAUCAGUAUUAACAUUGGCUUUUCAAAUGUGAAUGUUUACUUUGUGAUAUGAGAUUUUUUUUAUUAGUAUUGUAUUAUUUGUAAGCAUAAUAGAAACCCUAGCAGUAUUAUGGAAGGUUGUUUUUUGUGCAUAAAUAUGUUAUGUGUGUUUGUUAUCUACAUGCCAUUGAAAUGUUUUUUUUUUUUUGUUAUGAUUGUGGAACGACUUCCCAGUGCUAUAUUAUCUUCACUUGAAUUUAAAAAAAUAUCAAUGAUAAUACAGAUUGAAACCUCCACAAAUAAGCUGCCUUUUUUUGGCUUGUAAUUUGUUUUGUUUUUUUUUUUCCUUAAAUUUUGGUUAGUGCUGUCAAUUGUUUCUUGUUCAUAUGAGUGUUACCUUUACA